AAUGAGUUAUCCUGGCUAUCCCCCAGCGGGUGGAUAUCCACCAGCAGCCCCAGGUAGCAGUCCUUGGGGUGGUGCUGCCUAUCCACCUUCAAAUCCACCUCCAAUUGGUCUAGAAAACGUAGCUGGCUAUGCUAAUCAGUUCAAUCCCAACUACAUGGCUGGAAUGGCAUCCAACCUGGCAGGAACAUUUGGAGGGACAAACAUACCACAAGGCAUGUAUCCUUCCACACCUGGGGGUUAUCCUCCAAUCCCUCCAGGUGGCUUUGGGCAACCUGCAUCAGGACAACAGCCCUCUUACGGAGGGUAUCCUCCCCCUGGAGGAAAUCCACCAUCGGGAAUGCCAGCUUACCCAGGAUACCCAGGCGGCCCUGUGCCAGGCCAGCCCACACCACCACCUGGUCAGCAGCCUAUGAACUAUCCAGGACAACCACCAGCAACUUACCCAGGGCAGCAGCCCAUGCCGAAUUAUCCACCAGGCCCAGCUGUGAAUCCGUCUAUGCCCUCCUACCCAGGAACUACAGGGCCUGUGGUCUCUCCUGUAACACAUGGAAACCGAGGCACAAUCACCGAUGCACCGGGAUUUGACCCUCUGAAGGAUGCAGAAGUCUUAAGGAAGGCCAUGAAGGGAUUCGGAACUGAUGAGCAGGCGAUUAUCGAUUGUCUUGGAAGUCGUUCAAACAAACAAAGGCAGCAGAUCAUCCUGUCCUUCAAAACAGCUUAUGGAAAGGAUUUGAUCAAGGAUCUCAAGUCUGAGCUAUCAGGUAACUUUGAGAGGACAAUCUUAGCAAUGAUGAAGACACCUGUCAUGUUUGAUGCUUAUGAAAUCAAGGAAGCUAUAAAGGGCGUUGGCACAGAUGAAAACUGUCUCAUUGAAAUCUUAGCUUCUCGCAGUAAUCAGCAUAUUCAGGAACUCAACAGGGUCUAUAAAGCAGAAUUUAAGAAAACUCUGGAGGAAGCAAUAAAAAGUGACACAUCUGGACACUUUCAGAGGCUUUUAAUUUCACUUUCUCAGGGAAACAGAGAUGAAAGCACAACUGUUGACAUGUCUCUUGUCCAAAAAGAUGUGCAGGAGCUAUAUGCAGCUGGAGAGAACCGUCUAGGAACCGAUGAAUCCAAAUUCAAUGCUAUUCUGUGUGCAAGAAGCAGGGCCCACCUUCAAGCAGUUUUCAGCGAGUACCAGAGGAUGUGCAACCGGGACAUUGAAAAAAGCAUAUGUCGUGAAAUGUCUGGAGACCUGGAAAAGGGCAUGCUGGCAGUAGUUAAGUGCCUGAAGAACACGCCGGCUUUUUUUGCAGAGAGAUUGCAGAAAGCUAUGAAG